UUUGGGUUUGGGGACUGACAUUCAACAGGAAGGGUGUUAUGGCCUGGAUAGAUGUGUUUUAAAAACAGAGGUGAAAAUCUCACACAUCAUAAGAAUUAGGUACCAGAAGAGCUGCAAGCUGAACUCCUUUUCUUGUCUGGUCUAGUGGAAGAUGUUCAACCCAUGGCAGGGGGUGGAACUGGAUGGUCUUUAAAGUCCCUUCCAGCUCAAACCAGUCUGGGAAUCUGUGAUUCCAUGACUCACAAGGGAAGCUCUCCUAUUCCUUGGCAAAGAAACCAGAGACAGUACGAACCUGUUUCAAUUCAAACAGCACUUAAACCUAAAGCUUCUUUGCAUUAUUCUUUCUUGGGCUGGGCAAAACAUGAAAAGGUUGUACAAAAGCACAUUCUUGCCUGUCAGGAAGGGGAACUUCUGUGGCAGCUGUCCCAAGUGGAACAAUACAGAAAGAGGGAAUAGCAUAACCCCGUGACACAGCCAAGCGACAGAUUCUCCGACAUUUCCAGCCAAGGGCCGGCCAUCCUCUGUCUCAGGUGAACAACAACACUAACAAGAUCACAUCCUCUACAGUCUAAAUAGAGUUUAUGCAAACCAAGAGCCCAAAACAGCUGCCCUGCUGGGUCGGGGGCUCUCUCAGCGGCUGGAGCUGUGCCCGACAAGCCAUUUCGAGCCUUGUCACGACGGCAGGGGAGGGAGCACAGAGCGCUGAGCUCCUGCAGCGGGGCAGCGCCGCCGCGGCUCCGAGCCUUCCCUCACGGCCGCCUCCCCUCAGGGCCUGCCCGCCGCCAUCUUGCGGCACCGGCGGCGCCCGGGCCCCGCGCGGCCAUGAGGGACGGGUGGCUUGGGGGCGGGCCGGGCGCCGUGCCGGCCGUGGGGAAGACCCCCGGUGGUUCUGAGGACCGGAGAUCCCGGGGCCGGGAGGUCCCGGGGCCGGCAGAGCCCCGGACACGCUCUGCUGGGGACAAUGGCGGCGUCAGGGUCGCCAAGGCGACCGCCCGUCCCGACCCCAGGACCACGAGCCAGCCAAUCAGAAUCGCUCUCCCUCCCGCUGCCCCGCCCCGGCUCCUCCCGGCCGCGUCCGUCUCGUGUCCGCGCUCCCGAUUGGCGCUGCCGCCCGGCCGGGCUGGGAUUGGCGCGGGAGCGCGCGGGCCGCGGGUGCGCGCGCAGGCCGGUCCCCUCCGGGCACGCACCGUCCCUUAUAGGCGCGCGAGCCCCCAGAGCCGCGGACAUGUCGGUGUCCCCCGUGAAGCGGCAGAAGAUGGAGUCGGCGCUGGACCAGCUCAAGCACCACACCACGGUGGUGGCCGACACCGGGGAUUUCAACGCCAUAGAUGAGUACAAGCCCCUGGAUGCCACCACAAACCCCUCCCUGAUCCUUGCUGCGGCUCAGAUGCCGGCAUACCAGAAGCUUGUGGAUGAUGCUGUUGCCUACGGGAAGAAGCUUGGUGGGUCAGAAGAGGAGCAGAUCAAAAAUGCUUCUGACAAACUUUUUGUAUUAUUUGGAGCUGAAAUCCUGAAGAGGAUACCUGGCCGUGUGUCCACAGAAGUAGAUGCAAGGUUGUCCUUUGAUAAGGAAGGAAUGAUUCAAAGGGCGAGACGCCUCAUCGACCUCUACAAGGAAGUAGGAGUUGGUAAAGAUCGGAUUCUCAUCAAGCUCUCUUCAACGUGGGAAGGAAUCCAGGCUGGCAGGGUUCUGGAGGCCGAGUAUGGGAUUCACUGCAACAUGACCUUGCUGUUCUCCUUUGCUCAGGCUGUUGCCUGUGCUGAAGCUGGAGUUACUCUGAUUUCCCCAUUCGUGGGACGGAUCCUGGACUGGUAUGUUGCAAAUGGAGACAAGAAAACCUAUGAGCCUUCGGAGGAUCCAGGAGUGAAGAGUGUCACCAAGAUCUAUAACUACUACAAAAAGUUUGGGUACAAAACCAUCGUGAUGGGCGCCUCGUUUCGCAACACGGGCCAGAUCAAAGCGCUCACGGGCUGUGACUAUCUCACCAUUUCACCCAAGCUCCUGGCAGAGCUCAGCAAAGAGCAUGUCAAGUUAACUCCCACACUCAGUGUCAAAGAGGCUCAGGCGUGCGAUCUUGAGAAGAUCCACCUGGACGAGAAGGCAUUCCGCUGGCAGCACAAUGAAGACCAAAUGGCUGUGGAAAAGCUCUCUGAUGGGAUCAGGAGAUUUGCUGCAGAUGCAGUUAAGCUGGAGAGGAUGUUAAAGGAGCGAAUGUUCAGCACUGAAAAUGGAAAAUAAAAAAAGAAAAAAUAAUAAUCAGCAUUUCCCUGAGUGCUCCAAGCUGAGGUGGAUCACCUGAGGUUCAGUGGAUGUACAAAUGUCUUACCUGUACAAGUAUCAUGCUGUGUAUGGAUAGGUUUCUGUAUCAUGCUUUUUUUUUUUUUUUAUCAAUUUGCAAAGGGACAAAUGGAAUUUCAAAUUUUGGUGGCACUUUUGUCAAUACAUGCAAAUUAAAACCGACUUGCCUUGUAA